UAGUACUACUCCGUACUCCGUAGCCUCUUCUCGCCUCAUCUCGUGCUGCGCGUCUGACGACCUCGCCCUACCAACCUGCCAAUUUCUUCCUUCCUUCCAUCCGUCCUGCAACCUCCUCCUCUGCUUCUCGAUUUCUCCUCCUCCACUCCAUCGUCUCUCUCUCUCUCUCUCUCUCUGCAGCUAACUCCUCCGAAUUAGGAGGUUCAUCUUGAUGUAAUUGACUGGAUUCAAUAAAAUUUUUCAUUAUCUUGAAAAAGAAAGUAGCGGAGGUGCAACGUUGGCAUAUGGAGAAGCGGAGGCGGCCGGCGGCGGCGGCGAUGCUUCUGGUGCUCAUCCCUGCUGCAUCGCGCCCACCCCAUGGGAUCGUAGCAGCAACAGAAUCCAGUGUCCAGAAUAGUGAGCAGAGCUUUGGUUUCAACCUUACACUUGCCAAGACUAUUGUGGAGUAUGCCUCAGCUGUCUAUAUGACAGAUCUAACAGAGCUCUAUACAUGGACAUGCUCAAAAUGCAAUGACUUAAUCCAAGGGUUCGAGAUGAGACGUCUAAUCGUUGAUGUCCAGAACUGCUUGCAGGCAUUUGUUGGUGUCGAUCACAAUCUCAACGCUAUCAUUGUUUCAAUCAGGGGAACUCAAGAGAACAGUGUACAGAAUUGGAUUAAGGAUAUGCUAUGGAAGCAAUCUGAUCUGAACUACCCGGACAUGCCCGACGCAAAGGUUCACACUGGAUUUUACUCUUCUUACAAUAACACACUUUUACGUCCAGCCAUCGCAAACGCCGUUCACAAGGCGAGGAAGUUAUAUGGAGAUAUUAGCAUAAUAGUUACAGGGCAUUCAAUGGGAGGAGCGCUUGCUUCUUUCUGUGCACUUGAUCUUGCGAUUACCCAUGGAGGCAACAAUGUUUACCUGAUGACUUUUGGGCAGCCGCGCGUUGGCAACGCUGCAUUUGCAUCCUACUUUACCAAAUAUGUGCCCAAUACAAUUCGAGUGACACAUGAGCAUGACAUUGUGCCGCAUUUGCCCCCAUAUUUUUUCAUUUUUCCAGACCAAACAUACCAUCACUUCCCAACAGAGGUCUGGGAACAUGAAGUCGAUGGCAGCACAGUCUACCAAGUCUGCGACGGCAGCGGCGAAGAUCCAGACUGCUCCAGGAGCGUGCUGGUGCUGUUCUGGAGCGCGUCAGACCACCUGACAUACCUUGGAGUGGACAUGGAGGCCGACGACUGGAGCACCUGCAGGAUCGUCCUGGGCAGGAGCGCCGCCGAGACGCUCCUGCUGCAGCACGCACGGCAACUCGCCGGCGGCGACGACGAGAGCGGCGGCGUCAAUGUCGUCGUCAGAGAUCACGGUGUGCAGGUUGUUGGUUCGGAGAUAGCAGUUGCGGCUAGGUAGCCGUACCGUAUGUACUUGUGCAACUUGAAAGUGCGUUUUGUGAACACAACUCACUGAUGGUAUCUCUAUAUAUAUAGUUUUGGCUGUAAAUUUUUAGAUAUUGCUUUCUUCUGUAAUGCUGGUAUAGAUUAAUUGAUAUUGAAGUACACAACAAUUCAAGGCUAGUUGUUUCUCUUC